AAGGGAUCCCAAAUCCAAUUGAGAAAUUGUUUAUGGGAUUUGUUUAUGCAAAAAAUAAUAAUAAUAAUAAUACUAGUAUUAAUUUUAUUCGCCCAAGUCCCAACAGACACCGCAAGCUAAUUAUAAAUGUUGUCUUUGUUACCAAUUUCUACUACUUCUUCCGCCUCUUCCCUCUUCCUCAAAACCAGCCCAGCUUCCCCUCAAUUCUGUACUAAAUUUCACCAAAAAUGGCAGCUUUGGGAACUUUAGGUGCUGCCAUUGGCUUAAACCAGGCAACCUCUUCUUACUUGACCACCCCAAAACUCUAUUCCAUUGGAAAGAAACAGUUUUUGGUGAAAGCUUCUGCAAGUAGUUAUGCAUCAGAUGGGUAUGAGGAAGGGAAGAUGAUUAUAAAGAAGGAAAAAGACGGUUGGAAGAUUGAUUUCUCUGGUGAAAAACCCCCAACUCCAUUGCUCGAUACAAUCAACUACCCAAUUCACAUGAAAAACCUUUCUGUUCAGGAUCUUGAACAAUUAGCAGCAGAACUUAGAGCGGAGAUCGUAUAUGGUGUGGCUAAAACAGGAGGGCAUCUUAGUUCAAGCUUAGGAGUAGUGGAGUUAACUAUUGCCUUGCAUCAUGUUUUCAACACCCCAGAUGACAGGAUCAUUUGGGAUGUCGGCCAUCAAGUAAGCAUUUUUCUAUCAUUUCACGUCUGUAAGAUAAUGAAGAGCAGUAACUUAGUAGAUUUCUUUUUAUGGUGAUCCUGAAUUGUGAAUACAGGCGUACCCGCAUAAGAUUCUGACUGGAAGAAGACAUAAAAUGCAAAGCAUAAGGCAGACAAAUGGACUUGCAGGCUUUCCCAAGAGAGAUGAAAGCGUCUAUGAUGCUUUCGGUGCCGGCCAUAGUUCCACCAGCAUUUCUGCUGGACUCGGUAUGUUUGUUUGGAUUAGCACAUAAGUUAAUCGGCCAAAAUUCCUCACUUACAUAUAAGAACAAGAUUACAUUUUUGUCCUUUAGAAAACGAUAUCAGUCAAUUCAUAGCUCUUUAAGAUGGUACAAAAUUUUUAUCAUUUCUUACUCUUGUUAGAUCGUCAUUUCCCAUCAAAUGUGUCAACUAAAAUCCUUGAUCCUUAGUUCUGGAUUCUUAUGAAUUGAACUAGAUGAUAUGGUCACGUGAUGAUGGGUUGAGGAAAAAUAACUAUGUUGCUAAUGAGUGCUGGAAAAGUUUAGCUUUUUAACCAUGAAGUAUAUGUUAUUAUCCUUGUGAUGGAUGAAAAGGUAGCUUUGAUCAUUGUGAGUUACGAGCUUGUUGAUUAACUCUUUGUACCUUAACAUUUUACACCCCAUAUUGCUGAUUUCUGUGGUGCAAGGUCUUAAAAACGAAUAAUUGUUCUUCACAGGUAUGGCUGUUGGAAGAGAUCUUCUUGGAAAGAAUAACAAUGUCAUAUCUGUAAUUGGAGAUGGUGCCAUGACAGCCGGACAAGCAUAUGAGGCCAUGAACAAUGCUGGUUUCCUUGAUGCUAACCUGAUUGUCAUAUUAAAUGAUAACAAGCAAGUUUCUUUGCCUACUGCAACACUUGAUGGCCCUGCAACACCUGUUGGAGCACUUAGCAGUGCUUUGACCAAGCUCCAAGCCAGCCCCAAAUUCAGACAACUCCGUGAAGCAGCCAAAAGUAUCACGAAACAAAUUGGACCACAAGCGCAUGAAGUUGCCGCUAAAGUGGAUGAAUAUGCACGAGGAAUGAUCAGUGCUUCUGGAUCUACUUUCUUUGAGGAGCUGGGGUUGUAUUACAUUGGACCAGUUGAUGGGCAUAAUCUUGAAGAUCUAGUCACCAUUUUUGAGAAAGUCAAAGCUAUGCCAGCACCAGGGCCAGUUCUUAUUCAUCUAGUGACAGAGAAAGGAAAAGGCUACCCGCCUGCAGAGGCAGCUGCUGAUAAAAUGCACGGGGUUGUGAAGUUUGAUGUAAAAACAGGAAAGCAACUCAAGACAAAAGCCCCCACGCUUUCAUAUACACAGUACUUUGCUGAAGCUCUCAUUAAAGAAGCUGAAAUUGAUGACAAGGUUGUCGCGAUCCAUGCUGCUAUGGGGGGUGGGACUGGUCUAAACUAUUUCCAGAAGAAGUUUCCAGAGCGAUGUUUUGAUGUGGGAAUUGCUGAACAGCAUGCUGUCACUUUUGCUGCGGGUUUAGCCACUGAGGGGCUCAAGCCUUUUUGUGCAAUUUAUUCAUCAUUUCUUCAAAGAGGAUAUGAUCAGGUUGUACAUGAUGUAGAUCUUCAGAAAUUACCUGUGAGAUUUGCUAUGGAUAGAGCAGGUCUUGUUGGUGCAGACGGACCAACUCAUUGUGGAGCGUUUGAUGUUGCUUACAUGGCUUGCUUGCCUAACAUGAUAGUCAUGGCUCCAGCUGAUGAAGCCGAGCUCAUGCACAUGGUUGCUACUGCAGCAACCAUUGAUGACAGACCAAGUUGCUUUAGGUUUCCAAGAGGCAAUGGUGUUGGUGUUCCACUCCCUGCCAACAAUAAAGGAACCCCCAUUGAGAUUGGAAAGGGAAGACUUCUUAGGGAAGGGAGCAGAGUUGCGAUCAUCGGUUAUGGCUCUAUAGUACAGGAAUGUUUGGGAGCAGCAGAAAUGUUGAAAUCCCACAACAUCUCACCAACCAUUGCUGAUGCAAGAUUCUGCAAACCAUUGGAUGCAGACCUUAUUAGAAGAUUAGCAAAAGAGCAUGAAAUACUAAUCACAGUUGAGGAAGGUUCGAUUGGGGGUUUUGGAUCACAUGUAGCUCACUUCCUAAGCCUAAACGGUAUUCUGGACGGACCCCUGAAGUUGAGAUCAAUGCUACUUCCGGAUAGAUACAUUGACCAUGGAUCCCCAGCAGAUCAAAUCGAACAAGCUGGACUAUCGUCAAAACACAUUUCUGCAACAGUUUUGUCACUACUUGGGAAACACAAAGAAGCUUUUCAACUCAAAUAGAGAUUUUAAAUUAGUACAUUAAUUAAGCAUUACUAUGUGUAGCACUAUGUGAGAUCAUGAUGCCUUGAUUUAAUUUAGAGCCCUUCUUUAGGGUAGGAAAGGACAGCACAUUUGUUGGUUCCAUGGAAGAAUAUAACUUCUGGGAUUGGACAAUGCUGCUUCAGGGAAUCAAUGAAGUUCAAAGGAGGACUGUUUUUUUUUACGUGCCUAAGAAAUGCAUCCACCUGGGACCAUCUCUUAGGCCUAAUAUGUAAUGACCUCAAACUGUUUGUGCAUAUAAGAUAUAACAAUAAGGUGGUUUGAUUUUUUACAGAUGAUCUAUAGCCUCAAGAAACUACUACUACUACUGCCUUUUGAGUAUGAACUAAACAAU